AUGUUUAAAUAAAAAUCAUUCUCUAAGAUAAUCCCACUCCUGGAUAAGACACGCCAUAAAGGUUAGAAUGGCAAGAUAGCCAGCAUAGGUGGAUCAUUCGAAUACACAGGUGCUCCCUAUUAUGCAGCCAUUUCCGCAUUGAAAGGAGGAGGAGAUUUAGCAUAUAUCUUUUGUACUAAAUCAGCAGCCAUUCCUAUAAAGAGUUAUAGUCCAGAAUGCAUUGUCUAUCCUUAUUUAUUAGAGGAGGGAGAAUAUGUAUUGCUAGAGAAUGCUGUUAAUAAAUUGGUGUCCUCUACUUCGAUAAUGCAUUCAUUAGUAAUAGGUCCAGGAUUGGGAAGGGAACAGAUAACAGGCAGGAUGUUGGAAAAUCUAUUCCAAAAAAAUAAUAGUAUCAAAAUAUUGGAUGCAGAUGCAUUGUGGCAUAUCUCUUAGAAGCCGAAUAAAUUGAUUGCAAUCAUCUAAGAGAAGAGCGAUCAAUUUAUAUUGACUCCGAAUGCAAUGGAAGUAAAGAGAUUAUUAGAAUAUUUUGAUAUUCAAUACAUAAAGCCUGAUUAUGAUUCACUUAAUGUAAUAAAUGAUCAGGAUGUAAACUAUAAAUAAAUUGGAAUUGAGAAUGGAUAUCCAGGGUUAAUUGCUGAAUUGAGUAGGAAAUUAAACAAUGUCAUAAUUGUAUCUAAGGGACAGAACGAUAUUAUAACUAAUGGGAAGGUGGGAUAUGCAGUUAAUUUAUAAGGUUCUCAAAAGAGAUGUGGAGGUCAGGGUGAUAUUUUGAGUGGGUUGAUUGGACUCUAUUCUUACUGGUCGUAGGAAUAGGAAGUAGAUAAGAUAGAGGGAUGCAUUUUAGGUAGUGUAGUGACUAGAAGAGCUGCUAACUUGGCAUCUAAUAAGGAGCAUUAUUCAUUGACCACUCCUAAGAUUAUUGAUCAUAUUGGAGAGGCUCUUUAUUCGAUUGUUACAGACUAGUGA